ACACUCAUAUUUACUACUCUCAUCUGAAUCACAAUCUCAUAGCACCACUAGCAUAUGCAUAUAACAGUUUAGAGAGAGAAAAAAAACCAAAAUGUAAAAAAGAAAGAGAGAGAGAGAGAAAGAGGUAUUGCUGCAGAGUUGCAGGUUUUUAGCAGAAAUGGUGGCAGAUGGUUUUUUAACUUUACAUGUGAAAUUAUUUUUCUCUCUUAUUAGUAUUAUCUCUAUUCUCUUUCUUUCUUCUUCUUGUGUGGUUUCCUAGCUGCUAUGAGAGACUAGUGCUGUUUCUGUCACAGAAACUACGAUGUGAUUGAACAUCUAAAGCUUUCUUCAGUUAUUAUUAUUUUUAUUACAACACAUUGCUUCAUUCUGAAACGUUGAAAAUCCAACUCUUUUUUCAUAUUCACACAAAAAGCUAAAAUAUAUGGAGAUACACAGAAGAAUACUUUCAAUGGAGCCUAGUGAGUGCUACUUUUGAACAACUAGCAUAGCAUUUGUGCAUCUUUUUCUCUUCUUGUGGCUCCUGGUGUAAGAACAAGAGGUUUUAGAAAGAAAGAGCUUGUUGGGUUGGUUCAUCUUUUGUUGAAGCUAUGGCAUUUCAAUUUGGAGUACUCUUUCUUCUUGUUUUUUCCAUUUGUUUCAAUGUCAAAUCAGUGGAUUCAGAUGAUGGGUCAACAUUGUUGGAUAUAAAGAAGUCAUUCAGGGAUGUGGAUAAUGUUCUAUAUGAUUGGACUGACUCAUCAACAUCAGAUUAUUGUGCUUGGAGAGGAAUUUCAUGUGAUAAUGUCACCUUCAAUGUUGUUGCACUCAAUCUUUCUGGGCUGAAUCUUGACGGUGAAAUCUCGCCUUCUAUAGGGAACCUUAAGAGCUUGGUCUCUAUUGAUUUAAAAGAAAACCGGUUAUCAGGUCAGAUACCAGAUGAGAUUGGUGACUGUUCUUUGUUGCAGGACUUGGAUUUGUCAUUUAAUGAAAUUCGGGGGGAUAUACCAUAUUCAAUUUCUAAGCUGAAACAAUUGGAGAAUCUGAUUUUGAAGAAUAAUCAAUUGAUUGGACCAAUUCCUUCAACAUUGUCUCAGAUUCCUAAUUUGAAGAACCUGGACCUGGCACAAAAUAAUCUUAGUGGUGAAAUUCCAAGGCUUAUAUACUGGAAUGAAGUUUUGCAAUAUCUUGGCUUGCGAGGGAACAACUUGGUCGGUUCAUUAUCUCCGGACAUGUGCCAGUUGACUGCCUUGUGGUACUUUGAUGUGAGAAACAAUAGCCUAACAGGAAGUAUUCCCGAAAACAUAGGCAAUUGUACUUCCUUCCAAGUCUUGGAUUUAUCUUACAACCAGUUGACCGGAGAAGUUCCAUUCAAUAUCGGGUUUCUACAAAUCGCAACCUUGUCAUUGCAAGGGAAUAAACUCUCCGGGCAUAUUCCAUCGGUGCUUGGUCUCAUGCAAGCACUUGCUGUGUUAGACUUGAGCUGUAACAUGUUAACUGGAUCAAUUCCUCCUAUUUUGGGUAAUUUGACUUACACUGAAAAAUUGUACUUGCAUGGAAAUAAGCUGACUGGUUUCAUCCCUCCGGAGCUUGGAAAUAUGUCAAAGCUUCAUUAUUUGGAGUUGAAUGAUAAUAAUCUAAGUGGACAUAUCCCACCGGAGCUUGGAAAGCUUACAGAUCUAUUUGACUUAAAUGUUGCUAACAACAACCUUGAGGGGCCAAUUCCCGGUAACAUUAGCUCGUGUAAAAACCUUAACAGCCUAAAUGUGCAUGGGAAUAAGCUGAAUGGAACAAUACCCUCUACUUUCCAGAGCUUGGAGAGUAUGACCUCUUUGAAUCUUUCGUCAAACAACCUUCAAGGCUCCAUUCCAAUUGAACUGUCACGGAUCGGGAAUUUGGAUACAUUGGAUAUUUCAAACAAUGAAUUAAUCGGACCAAUUCCUCCUUCCCUUGGUGAUUUGGAACAUCUUCUGAAGCUGAAUCUGAGCAGAAACGGUUUAACAGGACCUAUUCCUGCAGAGUUUGGUAAUCUCAAAAGUGUUAUGGAUAUUGAUCUUUCCCAUAACCAGCUCUCCGAUUUUAUUCCUGUAGAACUUAGUCAGCUUCAGAACAUAGGAUCAUUGAGGCUUGAAUACAAUGACUUAACGGGGGAUGUGGCAUCGCUUGUAAAUUGUCUCAGUCUUUCUCUUCUUAAUGUGUCCUAUAACAACCUAGUUGGUCUUAUUCCCACAAACAACAACUUUACCAGAUUUUCACCGGAUAGUUUCAUUGGAAAUUCCGGUCUAUGUGGUAAUUGGCUGAAUUAUCCAUGUCAAGGUUCUCACCCUACGGACCGAGUUACGUUAUCUAAGGCGGCUAUUCUAGGAAUUACACUCGGUGCCCUUGUCAUUCUUCUGAUGAUACUUCUGGCUGCUUGCCGACCACACCAUCCAGCUCCAUAUCCUGAUGGAUCACUCGAAAAACCAGGUGACAAAACAUUUACAUUCUCACCUCCAAAACUAGUGAUUCUUCAUAUGAACAUGGCACUUCAUGUCUAUGAUGAUAUCAUGAGGAUGACUGAAAACCUAAGUGAGAAGUAUAUUAUUGGAAGCGGUGCAUCGAGUACGGUUUAUAAAUGUGUUCUUAAAAAUUGCAAGCCAGUUGCCAUAAAGAGGCUCUAUUCUCACUAUCCACAAUACUUGAAGGAAUUUGAGACGGAACUUGGAACGGUCGGCAGCAUUAAGCACCGGAAUCUGGUUAGUCUCCAAGGCUACUCUUUGUCCCCUUAUGGUCACCUUCUCUUCUAUGACUACAUGGAAAAUGGCAGUUUAUGGGAUCUUCUUCAUGGACAAAGUAAGAAGAAAAAACUUGACUGGAAUCUGCGUCUAAAAAUAGCGCUCGGAGCGGCACAAGGACUUGCAUAUUUACACCAUGAUUGCAGUCCUCGCAUCAUCCAUAGAGACGUGAAAUCGUCAAAUAUUUUACUAGAUGCAGAUUUUGAGCCUCAUCUAACUGAUUUUGGCAUUGCCAAAAGUCUCUGCCCUACAAAGUCUCAUACUUCUACUUACAUAAUGGGCACAAUUGGCUACAUAGACCCCGAAUAUGCCCGAACUUCCCGUCUCACUGAGAAAUCCGAUGUCUACAGCUAUGGCAUUGUUUUACUUGAACUGCUAACCGGGAGAAAAGCCGUUGACAAUGAAUCCAACCUCCAUCAUCUAAUUUUGUCCAAGACAGCUAGCAAUGCAGUAAUGGAAACGGUUGAUCCCGACAUAACUGCCACAUGCAAGGACCUAGGAGCAGUUAAGAAAGUUUUUCAGCUUGCUCUACUAUGCUCAAAGAGACAGCCAGCCGACCGGCCAACAAUGCACGAAGUAUCACGUGUAUUAGGAAGUCUCGUCCCUUCAGUCACACCACCGAAACAACUAAACCCUCCCCAAGUUGCAUCUAACCCGUCAGCCAAAGUUCCGUGUUACAUGGACGAGUAUGCAAAUCUCAAGACACCACACUUGGUGAACUGUCCUUCCAUGAGCACCUCAGAUGCUCAACUCUUCCUCAAGUUCGGCGAAGUAAUCUCUCAGAACAGCGAGUGACGAUUUUGAAAGAAUCAGUUAUCAGAUUCAUGAGUUACUAAUUAUUAGCUACAAGUUAUCAGAUUCAUGAGUCAUGUAUAUUAAAAUUCCCAAAAUGAAAAAUGGGAUAUAAAAUUUGAUGAAGCAUUGAAAAAUGUGUAUAAAAUUUUUAGUAUUUUAGUGAUGAUGUUAUGUAGGAACAACUUACAAGAAUUUGAAAGGUGCAAGUAACCAAGUAUGUUGUACUUUUAUGUUUGGUAGCACACAAGGUUGAAGUAAUGAAGUUAAGGUUAUGGGACCA